AUGUCACAGGAGACCAUUGAGCAAGUCUCCAAGAGCGUCGAGAACCUCUCGACGCAAGAGCAAGCGGCCCCCGUCAUUUUGGGCGAAGACGGCCAACCAUUGUCCAAGAAAGCGCUGAAAAAGUUGCAGAAGGAGCUAGAGAAGCAGAAGAAAAAAGAGGAGAAAGAACGGCAAUUGGCCGCUGAAAAGGAGGCCCGCGAGCGUGAGGCCGCUGCUAAUGACACUGCAAAGGACAACUACGGCAAAUUGCCUCUUAUCCAGUCCACUUCUCGGUCCGGUGUGCCUCGCGUCAAGUUCGAAGACCUCUCCGAGGCCGACGACGGCAAAGAGGUUGUGUUCCGUGCCCGUGUGCACAACGCGCGUCAACAGGGUGCUACGCUCGUGUUUUUGACCCUCAGACAGCAAGCCGAGUCCAUCCAGGCGCUCGCCAAGUCCAACAAAGAAGGCACCAUCUCCAAGCAGAUGGUCAAGUGGAUCGGCUCCGUCAACCUCGAGAGUAUCGUGCUCGCGCACGGUGUAGUCAGAAAGGUCAGCGAGCCCAUCAAGUCCGCUACCAUCGAAAACCUUGAGAUCCACAUCACUAAGCUCUACACCAUCUCCGAGACUCCACAGCAGCUACCCAUCUUGAUAGAGGACGCGUCCCGUUCCGAGGCCCAAGCCGAGGCUGCUGGUCUUCCAGUCGUCAACCUCGACACCCGCCUUGACGCUCGUGUGAUCGACUUGCGAACCGCCACCAACCAGGCCAUUUUCAAGAUCCAGGCCGGUGUGUGCGCGUUGUUCCGUGAGUUUCUGGUUAACAGGAACUUCACCGAGAUCCACACUCCUAAGCUACUAGGUGCUCCUUCCGAAGGUGGUGCCAACGUUUUCGAAGUCACCUAUUUCAAGGGUAAGUCCUACCUAGCGCAGUCUCCGCAAUUCUACAAGCAAGAGCUUAUUGCGGCUGACUUUGAACGCGUCUUCGAAGUCGGCCCUGUCUUCAGAGCGGAAAACUCCAACACGCACCGUCACAUGACCGAAUUCACCGGUCUCGAUCUCGAGAUGGCCUUCGAGGAGCACUACCACGAGGUUCUAGACGUCUUGGGCGAUCUUUUCGUGUUCAUCUUCACCGAGCUCAACAAGCGCUACGCCAAGGAAAUCGCCCUUGUCCGCAAGCAAUACCCUGUUGACGAGUUCAAGCUUCCAAAAGACGGCAAGAUGGUUCGUUUGCACUACAAAGACGGUAUUGCCAUGUUGAGAGCUGCCGGUAAAGAAGUCGGGGACUACGAGGACUUGUCCACCGAGAAUGAGAAGUUCCUAGGUGCUCUUGUCAGAGAGAAGUACGACACCGAUUUCUACAUCCUUGACAAGUUCCCAUUGGAAGUGCGUCCCUUCUACACCAUGCCAGACCCAGAAGAUCCCAACUACUCCAACUCUUACGACUUCUUCAUGAGGGGUGAGGAAAUUCUCUCUGGUGCCCAGCGUAUCCACGACCCAGAAUUCUUGAGAGAGAGGAUGUCACACCACGGUCUUUCUCCUGCUGACCCUGGUCUCCAGGACUACGUCGACGCUUUCACCUACGGCUGCCCCCCUCACGCUGGUGGUGGUAUUGGGCUUGAAAGAGUUGUCAUGUUCUUCUUGGACUUGAAAAACAUCAGAAGAGCUUCUCUCUUCCCAAGAGAUCCCAAGAGACUCAGGCCAUGA